AUGCCGCGAAAAAGGAAUGCUACUCAUGAUUCUUGGGACCCAAAGGCGGUCACCAAGAAGUUCAAAAUAACAAGAGAUACGGCGCUAGAGGAGUUCUUGGUCAUCGGUAUCGAUUUUGGAACGACCUACUCUGGUGUUGCCUGGGCUACAGCGGAAGACUUCGGAAACGACCAAAUCAAUUUCAUUACCGUUUGGCCCGAUGCCGACUUGGAAGAAGCAAAAGUCCCUACCACCUUGGUCUACAGACCUGAGGGGACUCAGUCCUGGGGCUACCAAGUUCCCUUUGAAGACAGAGACCGCCUCUCCUGGUUCAAGCUUUUGCUUCUCCGCGAUGAAGAUCUCCCCAAAGAAAUCAAAGAAUCCGAACCUCUCUUACAAGCCCGAAUGCUCCUAGAGAAACUCGGCAAGACACCUGUCGAAGUAAUCGCUGACUAUCUGAGGAAGCUUUGGGAGCACACCCUCCAAACGAUUGCCAAGGCGCGGUCGUCAACUCUUUUGGACGCGCUCAGGUUCCACGUUGUCCUCACUGUUCCCGCCAGCUGGAAAGACUAUGCAAGGCGCGCCAUGAAGGAUGCAGCGAAACGUGCCGGCAUAACUUCAGAUCGCCCUUCUGGAGAGACUGUACUUUCAUUUGCCAUGGAGCCAGAAGCCGCGGCGCUCGCCACGAUCUGGGAAAAAGAGCGUCGCUUGAAGGCGGAUGACGUUUACAUGAUCUGUGAUGCAGGUGGCGGCACUGUCGACAUUAUUACCUACAAGGUUGGGAGCUUGGAUCCAAUUGAGCUACACGAGGCUGCUGGAGGUGAAGCGGGAAUUUGCGGCGGAAUGUUCAUCGAUGAGAAGUUUCGUCUCAUUUGCAAAGCUCGGCUCGGACGUCAUUGGUUCAACCUAACCCUGAAAGGCAUCGGUGAAAUCAUGCAGUCCCAGUGGGAACAUGGCAUCAAGACAAUCUUUUCUUCGAAGAAUGAGAAGAAGAAACACAUCAUAAGCGUCCCGGCCGAGGCGUUUGCCACAAAGAAGGACAUGAAUGAUCAAUCUAGAGAACCGAAGAUUAUAGACGGACGAAUUUACUUCUCUGUUUCGGACAUUCAGAAGGCGUUUGAAGAAUCGUUUGCGAAGAUUGCGGAUCUCGUUUCUCAGCAAAUCUCGAAAUCUGCCCCUUACCCCGUGACGGCUAUCAUUCUCGUUGGAGGGCUUGGUUCAAGCCCUUACCUUUAUGAGCAUUUAUCUGACAAGUACAAGGGUAAGCCAGAGGUCUUGCAAGCAGGUGGCACGAAACCACGCAGCGCGAUCUGCCGAGGAGCCGUCUAUAAGGGCUUUAUGGACAGACUUAACGGAAACCCCAGCGGCCUUUCCGCCCGGGCGCAUAUGUCUGUGGUUUCGACUAUCGCUAGGCUUAGCCUGGGUAUUGAAAUGAAUGAGAAAUUCAUAAAAGGCGUCCACCGUGAAGAGGACAAGAUUUGGGCGCCUCUUCAAGGUGAAUGGAGGGCACAGCGCCAGAUGCGAUGGUACUUGAAGAAGGGGGAUGUGGUCAUGGCGGCUGAACCUAUCAGACACCUCUUCUACUGCCUUUUCGAGAACGAAUCAUACAAGGACGGCAUCACCCUUACAUUUCUACAAUGCGGCCUGGACAACCCGCCCAACCGACGCGACGGAUCGGUCACUAAGAUGGGUUCGAUUCAUUGUCAAACAAGUCAUCUGGCCAAAGAUUUUGAGAUUUUCAUAUCCGCAGAAGAUGAGAAGUGUAAGAAGAUGAACUACGAAGUGGACAUGGUGCCAUCCGGAGCGUCCACGGUCUUUACAGUCCAUUUCAAAGGCCAGAAGCUUGGGACCCACGAGUGCCAGCUGGAUCUCACCUAA